AGCUCCUCACUCGCCGCCCGGAGUCCCCGCGGCCAGGCGCGGGCGUCCCAGGCCGGACCCAGGCGGGACUCAGGCGCCCGCGUCUGCCCCGCGCACGGAGCCCGACGUCCUCCCGGAUCGACCGCACAGUUGAGCGCGCAGCGGCAGCGAUGCGACCCUCGGGGCCGGUCGGGCCCGCGCUCCUGGCGCUACUGGCCGCGCUCCUGCAGGCGGGACAGGCGCUGGAGGAAAAGAGAGUUUGCCAGGGCACAAGCAACAAGCUGACCCAGCUGGGCCCUUUUGAGGACCACUUCCUGAGCCUGCAGAGGAUGUUCAACAGCUGUGAGGUGGUGCUGGGGAACCUGGAGAUCACCUACGUGCAGAGGAACCACGACCUCUCCUUCUUAAAGACCAUCCAGGAGGUGGCUGGCUACGUGCUCAUUGCCCUCAACACCGUGGAGAGCAUCCCUUUGGAGAGCCUGCAAAUCAUCCGAGGAAAUGUGCUGUAUGAAAACACCUACGCCUUAGCCGUUCUGUCCAACUACGGAGCCAACAAGACCGGGCUGAGGGAGCUGCCCAUGAGGAACUUGCAGGAAAUCCUUCAUGGAGCUGUGCGAUUCAGCAACAACCCUGUCCUGUGCAAUGUGGAGACCAUCCAGUGGCGGGACAUUGUUCACGGUGACUUCCUGAGCAACAUGUCUCUGGACAUGCAGAACCCCCUGGGCAGCUGCCAGAAGUGUGACCCAAGCUGUCCCAAUGGAAGCUGCUGGGGCGCAGGUGGCGAGAACUGCCAGAGACUGACCAAAAUCAUCUGCGCCCAGCAGUGCUCUGGACGCUGCCGCGGCAAGUCCCCCAGCGACUGCUGCCACAACCAGUGUGCCGCCGGCUGCACAGGCCCACGGGAGAGCGACUGCUUGGUCUGCCGUAAAUUCAGAGACGAAGCCACCUGCAAGGACACCUGCCCACCUCUCAUGCUGUACAACCCCACCACAUACCAGAUGGAUGUCAACCCCGAGGGAAAAUACAGCUUUGGUGCCACCUGUGUCAAGAAAUGUCCCCGUAACUACGUGGUGACAGAUCACGGCUCCUGUGUCCGGGCCUGUGGUCCCGACAGUUACGAGGUGGAGGAAGAUGGCGUCCGCAAGUGUAAGAAGUGCGAGGGGCCUUGUCGCAAAGUUUGUAACGGGAUAGGAAUUGGUGAAUUUAAAGACACAUUGUCCAUAAAUGCCACAAACAUCAAACACUUCAAAAACUGCACGUCCAUCAGUGGUGAUCUGCACAUCCUGCCAGUGGCAUUCAGGGGGGAUUCCUUCACCCGCACCCCGCCCCUGGACCCCGCGGAGCUGGACAUCCUGAAAACCGUGCGGGAGAUCACAGGAUUUCUGCUGAUUCAGGCGUGGCCAGAAAACAAGACUGACCUCCAUGCCUUUGAGAACCUAGAAAUCAUCCGUGGCAGGACAAAGCAGCAUGGUCAGUUUUCUCUUGCGGUUGUCGGCCUGGACAUAACAUCCCUGGGACUGCGCUCCCUCCAAGAGAUUAGCGAUGGAGACGUGAUCAUUUCAGGAAACCGAGACCUGUGCUAUGCAAACACAAUAAACUGGAAAAAGCUUUUUGGAACCUCCAGCCAGAAAACCAAAAUUAUCAACAACCGGGGAGACAAGGACUGCAAGGCUGCUGGCCACGUCUGUGACCCGCUGUGCUCAUCGGAGGGCUGCUGGGGCCCCGAGCCCAGGGACUGUGUCUCCUGCCGAAAUGUCAGCCGUGGCAAGGAGUGUGUGGAGAGGUGCAACGUUCUGGAGGGUGAGCCCAGGGAGUUUGUGGAGAACUCUGAGUGCAUUCAGUGCCAUCCGGAAUGUCUGCCCCAGGCCAUGAACAUCACCUGCACAGGACGGGGUCCAGAUAACUGCAUCAAGUGUGCACACUUCAUCGAUGGCCCUCACUGUGUCAAGACCUGCCCAGCCGGAGUCAUGGGGGAAAACGACACCCUGGUCUGGAAGUUUGCUGACGCUGGACGCAUCUGCCGCCUUUGCCACCCAAACUGCACCUAUGGCUGUGCUGGGCCAGGUCUCGAAGGCUGUGCAACAAAUGGGCCCAAAAUCCCCUCCAUCGCCACGGGGGUUGUAGGCGGUCUCUUCCUGCUGGUGGUGCUGGGCCUCGGCAUCGGCCUCUUCAUGCGCAGGCGCCACAUUGUCCGGAAGCGCACCUUGCGCCGACUGCUGCAGGAGAGAGAGCUCGUGGAGCCUCUUACACCCAGUGGGGAGGCCCCCAACCAAGCCCUCCUGAGGAUCUUAAAGGAAACAGAAUUCAAGAAGCUCAAAGUCCUGGGCUCUGGAGCGUUUGGCACCGUGUAUAAGGGACUCUGGAUUCCAGAAGGCGAGAAAGUUAAAAUCCCCGUGGCCAUCAAGGAGUUAAGAGAAGCCACGUCUCCAAAGGCCAACAAGGAGAUCCUCGAUGAGGCCUACGUGAUGGCCAGCGUGGACAACCCCCACGUGUGUCGCCUCCUGGGCAUCUGCCUGACCUCUACUGUGCAGCUCGUCACACAGCUCAUGCCCUUCGGUUGCCUGCUAGACUACGUCCGAGAGCACAAAGACAACAUCGGCUCCCAGCACCUGCUCAACUGGUGUGUGCAGAUCGCAAAGGGCAUGAACUACUUGGAGGACCGGCGUCUGGUGCACCGCGACCUGGCUGCCAGGAACGUGCUGGUAAAGACACCGCAACACGUCAAGAUCACAGAUUUUGGGCUGGCCAAGCUGCUGGGUGCAGAGGAGAAAGAAUACCAUGCAGAGGGGGGCAAGGUCCCCAUCAAGUGGAUGGCUUUGGAAUCGAUUUUACACCGGAUUUACACCCACCAGAGCGACGUCUGGAGCUACGGAGUCACCGUUUGGGAGUUGAUGACCUUUGGGUCCAAGCCUUACGAUGGAAUCCCUGCCAGUGAGAUCGCGUCCGUGCUGGAGAAAGGAGAACGACUUCCACAGCCCCCCAUCUGCACCAUUGACGUCUACAUGAUCAUGGUCAAGUGCUGGAUGAUAGAUGCUGACAGUCGCCCAAAGUUCCGGGAGUUGAUCGUGGAAUUCUCCAAAAUGGCCCGAGACCCUCAGCGUUACCUUGUCAUUCAGGGAGAUGAGCGGAUGCAUUUGCCAAGCCCUACAGAUUCCAAUUUUUACCGUGCCCUGAUGGAUGAAGAGGACAUGGGCGAUGUCAUAGAUGCUGACGAGUACCUCAUUCCUCAGCAGGGCUUCUUCAACAGCCCCUCCACAUCACGGACGCCGCUCUUAAGCUCUCUGAGUGCGACCAGCAACAGUUCCACCGUGGCUUGUGUGGAUAGGAACGGGCAGAGCUGUCCUGUCAAGGAAGACAGCCUCCUGCAGCGGUACAGCUCAGACCCCACUGGUGGCGUGAAUGAGGACAGCAUGGAUGACACGUUCCUCCCAGUGCCUGAAUACAUAAACCAGUACAUUCCCAAGAGGCCUGCAGGCUCUGUGCAGAACCCUGUCUACCAUAACCAGCCUCUGCACCCAGCUCCAGGCAGAGACCCCCACUACCAGGAUCCCCACAGCAGCGCAGUGGGAAACCCUGAAUAUCUCAACACCACCCAGCCUCCCUGUCCCAAUGGCAUCUUUGACAGCCCCACUCCCUGGGCCCAGAAGGGGAGCCACCAAAUGAGCCUGGACAACCCCGAUUACCAGCAAGACUUUUUUCCCAAGGAUGGCAAGCUGAAUGGUAUCUUCAAGGGUCCUACAGCUGAAAACGCAGAAUACCUAAGGGUAGCACCACCAGGCCGUGAAUUUACCACAGCGUGACCUGGAGGACAGCGCUGGCCACGGCGUCCAGACCUCAGACACCAGGGCCAAGGCACAGCAGCUGCUCCAGCCCUGCGUUGCCAUACUUGAGCUGAGUGGCCCCUCCUGGAACCUGGAAGGGCCCUUAGGUGUGCUUUGGGAGGCUGCAGGUACAUUCCUUUGUCUGAAGAUGGAAGCUUCCACCAAAGGGCGUCCAGCAAGAAUGUUGUCCGUUCUGGCGCUAAGGGAUAUUUGAAAAACAUGAACAUCCUUGGGCACUUCUGCUUGGGGACCCUUGGGUGUUAAUCGGUGUUGAUUGCAAUGGAUGCCUGCAAGGAGGGAGCUCUCGUGUGACACCUGCAGCACGAGGUGAUCCAGGCCAGCGUGCACAGGCCUCCACCUUCCAGCCAAGACCAGAGCACUGGCACUUCUUCAAGACACUGCCAUCACAAGCAGACUGAAUAUUCAGGAGACCCCCUGGCCUGCGUGAACCCAUGGCAGGUACAGCAGGAAAAGCCACUUUGUCUCUCCCCGGUUGAGGAAGACGGAUUCUUUCUCACACUCACCUGUGUAUAAAUGUCUCCGUGGUUCACAGUCCCCAGUAGCUCACCUGUGCUGUCUGUGUGUGUUGGACUUGUUUAUUUUCCCUUCCACUAUUUCAAAGCUCAGUAUACUUUCCCUGUGUGGCAGGGGGAAAAGCCCCAUUUGACUCAUGAGCGUCCAGAGCAACAGCUUUCAAUUAGAGGGAAUAAUGCACAGUGCAUAGCCCCUAAACCCCAGUGUCCAACAGAAUGCAAGUUCUGUGGGUGCCUACUGCAAGGCCUCAGAAAUGAAGCUGCUCCAAACCCUGUCAGCCUUUAUCCCCUCCCCUGCCAAGGUACUUUAGGCUCCUAGCAGGUGAUUUUCUUUUCCUUUUACUUUCAACAGUUGUUUUGCUCAAAAGAAUCUGUAUCCCUCCCUGGUGAACUGCCGCAAAGGCCCUCCUCCCUCCUUGACCUGUGUAAAGAAGGGUGUUAGGCCUGAGGCCACUGCAGGCACUGACUGCCCUCUCCGGAGGGAGGAAUGCAUUUUGAGUAGCAUGGGAUUCGAGUGGGAAAUAGGAAAUCAGAAUUUGAAGUUAAUGAUGAAACUUUCACAACACCUACAGAUAGCUUAAGGAAAAUAAAUUUCCCUACUAAAAUAAUUUUGCUGUCCUUGGAGAGUCCACUCCUGAUGUCAGUGCAGCGCGUGCUCCAGACACUUAUUGGACCUCCGCUGCCCAGGCAGUCAAGGAGGGAGUGUUUCAGGCAGGAUUUUCAGGCUGCAGAAAAGUUAUGCCACACACACACAGUCUUCCUUGCUCCUAAAUCACACAUCUCUCAAGUGGGUCAAGGCCUCACACUUAUUACAAGAAUACUUGCUUUUGUCUCAGUGGAAAUAAGACAUGUUCAGGUCCAUCCAUCAUGCUCUGCAAUAUGGUACCUGCAUCGGCAAUGAAGACACAAAAAUGAGUAAAAUGUAGCCCUGCUCAGGGGAGCUGUGGGGCUGGAGCUGGCUGUCAGGCUCCAAGGCACAGUUGUCAGGGGCUGCUGUGCCUGCAGCUUCUCUAGAAGCCUCCGCAAGUCCCUGGUUCCUGCCACCAGCAGUUUAUCCUGAAGAUGCAAAUGCCCCAAUCUGAGCCUGGAUAGAGCCCUGGCACACUUUGCAUUUCUGAGAAGUAGGUUAUAAAAGCAUCAGCCCCCAGCUUGAAUUAGCUGCUCCCCUUUUAAUGGAAUUGUCCUGAAGGUACUUGAGGGCUCUUCCCUCUGAUAAGCACAUUUUUUUUAUAUGUCCUUACCUAUAAACCUAUGAACAUGAGUCCCUGCCUUUUUUCCCAGCCACACCUCUCAUGCCUAUUAGAGAAACAUUCAAAUGGGAUUUUUUAACACAAAUCUAUUUUUGUAACUUUUCUGUGGGAUAUUGUCCUGUUAUGUAGCACUGAACUUUGUAAAGUAUAUUUUUAGGAAACUCAUUUUUCUACUAAAAGAAACAGUUUACUUUAGGAAGACUGCAACAGCAUCGAAAUUUGGAACUCAGAUCUUUGUUUAAAAGGAUGAGACACUUAGAAGUAAGACUGUUCUCCCUGUGCAGGGCACUGCCUCGCCACAGAGCAGAGCUGGCUGCUGGCGUGGUGAAGAGCAGAGUUGUUGUUUCUGUAAUAUUGUAUCAGGUCAGACAGGAAAAGAAGCAGCCAGCGUAGUGCUGGUCCAUGUGGGGCCAAGUCAUGGAAAGGGGCAGCUGUCUUACCUGAGAGAGCCCAGCUCCUGUGCCAGCUGGCCCCUGUGAAUGUAAGAAAGGCAGCAACAGACACUUUGUUGGUUGCUUUAGUAUGCUGCCAAGGCAAAUGAUUUUAUGUUUGUAUUUACAAUUGAUAAUGCAUUUACCAGUAUAGACUGGAAAUAUCUGGAGAGCCUACUAACGAUCACCAUAAUUUUGGUCACUUGGUAUUUUGAGGAAAUGCACCAGCAGUGCCACCAGCUCCAUGCAUGGCCACCUAGAGAGAAGCCUGUGAGCCCUGGCUGCAGUGACAUCACAGGGGAGCUUUCAGAGGCAUUGAACCCCAGCUGUACUGUAGCCCAGUGAGACACGGUAAACCUCUAGGGGUGAGACCUGGCAUCUGUAUUCUUGCAUGCUCAGGGAUUGCCAGUCUGGAGACUUGGACUUGCAGGCAAAUUCUGAAGCUGUAGGUAACGCCCAGGCCCAGAGGACUCUGAGCCACCCAGACCUCAGCAUCUGCCGCUGGGAAUCAAGAGUUGGUCAGGGCUUCCCUGAUGAGUGCCCAAGCACAAGAGGAGACAAUGUCCAGCCAGGGGAGGAAAGCAAAGGAAACAUAAAACAGACUUCUUUCCCCAUUUCCUGAGCUCGCUGCCUCUGUCAGAGGUGGGUUGGAAGUAAGAUAGCAAUAAUGAAUACUCUUGAGGCCUGUGCCGCCAGGGCCGUUGUUGGGACGAAGCGGACUUCAGUCCCCAGAGUGAAAGAACGUUGACUGUCAGUCACAGUACAAAGGGCAGACUGGGAGGACUGCACCAGGAAUUGGUGGUUCAGAAAGAAGAAUCCAAGACCAGGAUUCUUGCUUGAAGAAGAAUUGUAUUUUUUCAAAAGUUGACCUGAGCUAAGAAUGGCAUGCAGGCUGUGUCUUCCCCUGCCCAGCCACAGUGUGGCCCCUGAGCUACUGCAGAGGGACUGAGCCUCGCCCUGCCACCUUGAAGGAGACUUUGCAAGGGAAGCUUACACACAGAUGUUUGCAGGUGUGUUCGCUUACUCUAAAAGAGGAAACCCUGUUGGCCUGAUCUGCCUACAGAAUAAUCUUGCUGUGACAGACUCUUGGAAAUUCAGAGGCCCCGUGGAUCUGGGGAUGCUGGGAGAGAUUGUGAUGUGACUGAUCAGCUACAGACAGCAGUAACUUUACAGCUUCUACAUGUGGUACGUUUUAAUCUUGUAAAGUUUUGCAAUGAUGAAAGCAGUGUUUGUACAAAUGCAAGGUAAGAAUCUUUUUAUAUGGUUUAUACUUCUGAUCAGAACUUGUUGAUUGUAUAUUGAGCAUUAAAGAACAGCUGUAUAUUAUUCAUUGUUCUUUACUCCUAAGUACCUUACAAUAAGAAUGUAUUAACAAUGCAAUAUUGAUAUUAGUUAUUAA